AAUAUGCAUACACAUAGAUAGAAAAUACUACAUAGUACAUAGUUCGACGUCAAUGUUAAUAAUCGCGGUUGACUAUAAUUUGUUUUUAGUUAAUAGUAGAAAAAAAGAAACCGCGUUUACUAUCCACGGUGUAGACAAAAAUUUUCAUUGCAUUUGUAUCAGUCCGUAAAAGUGUAAGUUGUUUAUGCUUAUAAUGCAUCUGAAUAAGUAAGAUGGCGACUUGUUUGAAAAGAACGUCAAAAUUAUUCGAUCCUUCGUUGUGCCGAAGUUCUUCCUAUGCUAAUUUGAGAGAUUUAUUGUGCCCAGUGUGCCGAGCAAUUCUUAUCGAACCAGUGACCCUCCCUUGCGAGCACAACCUGUGUUUAUCAUGUUUAAAUGGAACGAUUCAACACAACAACCUAAAUUGCCCUCUUUGCAGAACUCGAGUUGGCUCCUGGUUACGAACAAAUAGCAAGUCAAAUACCUUGGUCAAUAUCAGACUUUGGGAGAUAAUUCGAACCAAAUUUCCAAAAGAAGUUGAAUGUAGAAGGAACGGCGAGGAUACGGAUAUCGACCUGGACCCAGGAUAUGCAGCAAGAACGAAAAUUCUCAGCGCAGCCGGCGAAAUAAGAAAAGAGUAUGAAACUCAACUUCAACUUGAAGAGGAGGAAAAACGUCGAAAACAACAAGCAGAAGCAAUUGCCAGUGAAGCAUUAAUUCGAAAAAUUCAAGCUGAAGAACAACAGCAAUUAGCACAGUUGGCUCAAGAUGAAUUAUUGGCGAAAACCUUGGCGAAAAAAGAAAUUCGUACCAAGUUUGACACCAAAAUGAAGACUGAACCUGUAUCAAAAACUGUUCAAAAAACAAAAAACCAAGACACUUUUGAUUGCGACGAACCAAUAAUCACCAAGUUCAAAUCUGUUAUGCAUCCACAAAAAACAAAUAUUGCCUUGAUUUCAAAAAUUCGAGCGGAGAGUUACGCUUCCAGUAUUAAGUCCACCGGAUUGAACCAGUGUAAAGAUUCCUCAGAAAAAAUGGGAUCUUAUAAAAAUCUACCAGUGCAAGAUACAGUUACGAGAUUAUUCAAAAAUCAAGUAAUAACAAAAUUCAUUCAACCGAGUAGUUAUAAUUUUAAUUUGGAACCGAGUUGUUCGAAAAUUUAUGGUCUACAAAGCAAGGAGGAAUUACAUGUUCCCAAUGAUGUCUUAAAUUCGAAGAAGAAAAAUGUAGAAGUGGAAAUUUGCGUAACUACUGUUACUGAUGAUUCGAGAAUUGGAAGUGCGGAAAGUGCUGGCAGUCAUGAUAGUAUUAAUCAAGAAAUUCAUCAUUUUAAACCGAUUAAAGCUAUGCCUCGAACGGCAUUAAGAACAACUAGAGACGGUCGACAAAUUGAUACUAAAUUGGUUAGAGUUGUUCCUAUUUUAAAAAGGGUUACUAAUUUGGUGCCAAAAUCUCCUUCUCUCACACGUUUCAAAAGAAUACCCAGUUGCUCUUGGAGUGCAUUCAAAGGGAAAAUAAAAGAUUCCAAAUCCAGUUCAGUUUUGAGCAAGAUUGAGAAUUUAGAAUCAACGAUUAAACCAGUGGCAGCACCAGUGCAGAUAGUUACAAUUUCUGGAACUUUAGUAAAACCUCAAGUGUCCGAAAUAAUAGAUGUCACUUCUGAAAUGUCGUUUGAUACGAACAAAAACAUAAAGAAAAUAAUUAAUGGUACAAAGAUUAGUAAAAAAUUAAAUCUUGAAGAAAGUAAUAGUUGUGAUAAGGUGAAGAAAAUUUACGACAGUCCAGUGAAAAAUGGCACAUUGAGGAAGAAUAAACGACAAAAGAAUAAGUGCAAUGAUUCAGACGAUUCAUACAGCGAUUCUGAUAUAAUAGAUAGUCAAUCGAUCAAUUCUUCAAAGUCCGAUAUUUCGGUAGCGUCCACUGAGACACAAAAGGAGGUUUCCAUUGAGGAAAUUCCAAUUGAAAACAUUGCCGAGAGAAUUAAAAAGCGGAAAAUCAACAUUGAGAAGAGAUACAAUAACAACACUGACGAUUUCGUACGACGAAGUCUUAGAAAACGAUCCACUGCCGUUAAAUACAUCACUGGAAGUUCAGAAAGUUUGGACGAAUUUUCAGAUGAUGAGGAGGAAUUACCAAAACAGAAACGCCCCCGAAAAGGUGCUCCGAAAUUAAUGAAGGAAUCGGAAAUAGUGAAAAAUUCAAGUUCAAAAGUUAGAAAUCAACCACCAGAAUUGACGCGCGAAUUGCCAGUUUCAAAUAAAAGGAAAGGCAGAAGACGAAAAACAAAAUCACCAAUAGAAGAGGAGGAGGAAGUGGAGAGUGACGAUCUUAAAACUUCUCUAGACGAUAGUGCAGAGAAAGCGGAGAAAGCUUCUGAUGAUGAAAUUAUUGACGAGCAAAAACGAAUAGAAUUGCUUCUUCGUCAAGAACAAGAAGAUCGUGAAAUGGCCGAAAGAUUGCAGGCUCAAUUCAAUGAAUGGGAAAACAUGGCUGGCCGUACGAGAAACUCAAGGAGGGCUCUCGAGAUUGGAAGCGACAAUCCCGAGAAUCCCGACGUAGGCUUAGGAAAGAGGGAGCGCAGAACUGCAAACUCGCACAUCAACAAACAAUUAAAUCAAACCACGAGCAGUAGAAGUCAACGCAAAAGGCCUCAGCCACGUGCAUUGAAAUAAGAUACGUAUCAUUGCAAUCAUUUUAUAUUUAAUGAAUAUAUUAAUUAAUUAAUAAAUAUAUUACUUUGGAUA